CCUAUUUGACGCCUUUGACGGACUUUGCUUGCCUGCAAAUCGCAAAUUAAAUGAAUAUUCCAUAAUUGUCUCAUUCUUAAGUAUAAUACUAUGUGCUAAGUGGUAAAUCAGCGCUACAAAAUGGUGAUACCCAGCCCGUUCGUCUAUUGGGCGCAAACCGAGAAAGAGGUUUCCCUAAAGAUCGACUUAAAAAAUGUUGUAAAACCCAAUGUGAAUGUUCUGGAUAGCAAGAUUAAGUUCUCCGCCGACGGCAUAGGUGCUCAUGGCAAAACACUUUACGAGUUUAGUUUGGAUUUGUUCUCUCCCAUAAAAUCGAUUGAAUCUGACAGCGAGUACCCAACUACAGUGCGCAUAUUCGACAACCGCGUGGAAGUGAUUCUGGUGAAGGAGAAGCCGUCAUGGUGGCCCCGACUGACAGCACAACCUCAGAAACCAGCCUGGGUGAAGAUAAACUUCGACCUGUGGACGACAGAGGAUGGAUUGGACAGCGAGGAUGAGACCCGUGACGUCAUGAAGGACUACCCCGGAAUGUAUGAUAAGCUGCAAAAAGAGGAAUUCGGCUAUAGGAAAGAAGACUACAAGAAAGUAUACCUCAUCCUCUACAACUUGUUCCAAUUCGUGGGCUUCUCCUACGUGCUAGCGGUCAUGGCGGUGCGCUACAUGAAGCUUGAGGGACUCUCGAUCGCCGACACUUAUGAGCACGUGGGACCCGCUAUGAAGUUCUUACAACUCAUGCAAUACCUAGAAGUCAUGCAUCCCAUGUUCGGAUAUACUAAGGGAGGUGUUUUAGUUCCGUUCUUACAAGUGAGUGGCCGCGCAAUGGUCCUGUUCGCCAUGAUCGAAGCCGAGCCUCGCAUGCAGACGAAACCCGUCGUUUUCUACCUGUUCAUAGUAUGGAGUCUCAUAGAGGUUGUCAGGUACCCAUAUUACAUCACGCAACUCUACAAAAAAGAGAUUUACAUCCUCACCUGGCUCCGCUACACCAUGUGGAUCCCUCUCUACCCCAUAGGGGUUGUCUGCGAAGCCAUCGUCCUCAUCAGAAACAUACCUUACUUCGAGGAAACUCAAAAAUUCACAAUUUCUCUACCCAAUGCUUGGAACUUCGCUUUCCAUAUGCCAACAGCCUUAAGAGUAUAUUUAUUACUACUCAUGUGUCCUGGCUUAUACUUCGUUAUGAGCCACAUGCAUAAGUUGAGAACAGUCAAACUAAAACCUAAAGUAGUCAUAAAGAAGUCUAAAUAGUAUAACGCCUUAGGUAAGGCAGCGUCGGAUUUGGUGAAAUUCUGCACUGUGCUUUGGAUAGCACAUAUUACUGGUAUGGACGUUGUCUUUACUAAAAUAACUAUGGCGUUUUAUCGUGAUGUUUGUAAAUUUUUAGGAAUUGAAUGCAAUUUAACUAUUUAAGAUGUGUCCGAAGAUAUCUGAGAUACUAAAGUGACAGAUCGGUCAAACGGUCAAAAGCAAUGAAACAAAAGAAAUUCUACUUUAUUUGGUUCAUCAAAGGUUCAAAUUAGGUUUCACGAAUGUAAUGUACAUUUAGUCUCGGGAGGAUAAUUUAUUUUAUGUAUUAGAAUUAGAAUAAUAAGGAGCAUUCCAUGAAAUUGUCUACCGUUGUCCCGUACAAACGCGAAGUUUCUGAAGAUUUAAAGGUAUAGGAGUUUCCUUUUCUAUGACAAAUGGUCAAAAAUAUGCACAGAAAAAUAAUCACCUACUUUAAAUGCCGAGAAAAAACUCGCAACACAGGAAAUAAAAUGCGUUUGUACGGGACAGCCCGUGGAAUGCUCCAUAAAUGUAGUGUAGUGGGUAUACAAUUUUUAGUCAAGUAGAAUCAGUGUGUAGUUGUAUGGGAGUUUGGUUCAUUUAUUUUUAGUAUCUAGGUUCUACCUUAGGUACCCUGGACUAGUUCUAGUCCUGCCUUUAAUGAAUAAGACUUGUGUUAUAUGUGAUAAGAUAAAAAGAUAAACUCGCGAUAAGAAACUACGUUAAACCACUAUACUUUGCAUAAAAACUUUGCUUCGGCGUUCCUGUACAGUCGCCAUCAGAUAUAUCGGAGCGGUCGAGGUGCUCAAAAACAUCUGAACAGGCACUCUCACCUUAACAACAGAGGCGUGUACAGAUAUUUGUGAGCACCUCGGCCGCUCCGAUAUAUCUGAUGGCGACUGUUUAUUUGUCUAAAAUUUACAAUAUAGCUGGUCAAGCAAAUCUUGUCAGUAAAAAAAGGCGCGAAAUUCAAAUUUUCUAUGGGACGAUUCCCUUUCGCGCCUAUAUUUUUCAAAUUUGCCGCCAUUUUCUACUGACAAGAUUUGCUUGACCAAGUAUAUUAGUUAAGGCUGAAAUACAAAAACACGUACAAGGUAUCAAUGCUUAGAAAUAAAGGAAAAGUAGAAAAACUGACUCUCGGUUGAGAUUCUAAACUCCAACUGAGCUACCAAAACUUACCCGAUGACAGCGAAUUUCCACCGUAUCCUGCUUCAUACAAAAUCAAUUUAGGUAUUUCAACGUUAUUUUGUGCUUGAUCUUCAACUAAGUGUUAGUUUUCUAUUAAAUAAUAUAAAUACAAUCCCAAUAGUAUGACGCUUGUAAUAUUAACUUUAUGAUUAUGACAGCAAGGUACAAAAUCAAAUGCAUAAAACUAUAUGUUAAGCACAAUUUAAAGAUAAAUACCUAACAUUGUAUUCUAUGUUAAACAAGUUAAGUAUGAGUUAUAAUUUUAAUUUUUGGUGAAGGUGGCGCAUUUAUAUUGAGAAAAUGACAUUUAUUGUUUACUUGUAUUAAAUUGUGUAUGUAAUUUUAGAUUUGUUACAGAGAAGUCUGUAAAGUGAUUGAUUAUUUGUUAUGUUGACAGUUUUUUUUACCUUAUACCAGUUAAUAAAAUAAAGAUUUUUUUGAAAA